AUGGCUUCAGCAGACGUCCUUGCUCCCGAAUCAUCCGCUGCCUUUGGUGCCGGCACUGUCAAGAGGAAAAGGUCAAGCAGCAACAUGAUGGCACCCAAACCCCCCAAGGGACCUACUUUUGACCCAGACAAGCAUCUCAAUUACCAGCCCCCUAACAAGAUCUGGACCAUGAAGGAGAUGGGAUUCGCCGAGCAGCAAGGGGUCUCGCCGAAUGCCGUGUCGGAGCCCUUUCCUCUUUUCACGGCCGACGCCAUCCAGCAGAUGAGGGCGGAAGUGCUCAGCAAGCCGGUUUGGGACAAUUGCAAGUACUCGAGCGAACUGGCCCACUGCCAGCUGCGAGGAUUUGCCCCGGAAUAUGCACCAUUCGUAUAUGACGCCUGGCGAAGCCCCGCGGUCCUCUCGAUUGUGUCCAAGAUCGCCGGGGUCGAACUGGUCCCGGCCAUGGACCUUGAGAUUGCGCACAUCAACAUCUCCAGCAACACCAAGGAACAGAUCGAGGCCGUCAAGCAGGCUCUGGAGGAGAAAUCUCACCGAGAAGCCGACGAAGGCGUUUCCGGCUGUCCGUACGAAGGAGACGACCAGCCCAUCGUCGACUGGCACACCGACAGCUACCCGUUUGUCUGUGUGACGAUGCUCAGCGAUUGCAGCAACAUGAUAGGCGGGGAGACGGCGUUGAGGAUGGGCACCGGAGAGAUCAUGAAAGUCCGUGGCCCUGCAAUGGGAAACGCCAUCGUCCUCCAAGGCCGGUACAUCGAGCACCAAGCCCUGCGCGCCCUAGGCACCACCGAACGCAUCAGCAUGGUGACAUCCUUCCGGCCCAAAUCGGCCUUCAUCAAGGACGACACAGUCCUGACCACCGUGCGACCCAUCUCGGACCUCCGCGAACUCUACUCCCAGUACGCCGAGUACCGGUUCGAGAUGCUCGAGGAGCGCGUGCGCGCGCACCUCAAGGAGAUCCGCGACGGCAAACGCGCCCGCCGCUUCGACACCAAGACCACAAAGGCCUUUAUCCGCGAACAGCGCAACUUUCUGGACUCGAUGCUCCGCGAGCUCGUCGACGACGAGAACGUCACCGCGGGAAUGCUGGGUGGGGGCGCGAACCAUCUGUUCAGCGACGAGUUGAUUACAAAGUAUCGCAAGAAGCCGAGGCUGUGA